AUGCUCCGUCUCGACGACGAGGAGUGCUACAUCGACGAGCCCGUGCGCUCGAGCAUCAAGCAGACGCGCUCACUCGGCCGCAAGCAGUCGUGCGUCCGCUGGCUGCCCGAGUGCUCCGCCGGCGCUGGCAUUGUCGCCACCGGCACGUGGGACGAGCCGAGCAACUGCGUCCAGCUGUGGGCGGUGGCGCUGCAGCCGGAGGACGUGGAGAUGGAUGACGACGCCGCCGCCGCCGCCUCCGAGGCGCCAGCAGCCCGCCUGCUCGCGACGGCGCACCACGCCGCCUCCGUCCUCGGCCUCACCGCCGCCGGCGGCGGCGGCGUGGCGCCUCCGGUGGUAUGCGCUGCGGGCAGCGACGGCUCCCUCUCGUGCUUCUCGGCGGCGCUGGACGCCGCCGCGCCGCCGUCCGACGCCGCCGCCGGCCCGGCCCUGCGGCUGACGCCUGCGUGGAGCGACGGCGGCGGCGGCGGCGGCGCUUUGCUGAGUGUGGACGCGUCGCCGGACGGGCUCCAGCUGGCAAGCUGCGGCGAGGGCGGCCUCCUCUCGCUCCACGCCGCCGAGGGAGGCGCCAUGGCGGCGGCGAUCGUGACAGAGGAGAGCUGUCUGUUUAGCGCCGAGUGGCGGCCAGCGCACGGCGGAGACGUUUGGUGCGUCGCGUACGCGCAGCUCGCCCUCGGCGACCUCCUCUCCUGCUCCUCGGACGGCACUCUCGUCGCGCGCGCCGAGGAGGGCACCGCGUCGCAGGCUCUUCUCGAACAGCCGAUCGGCUGCUCCAUACACCGACGAAUGACCGGAGUCGUGUCGCCGCUGCACGGCGGGCUCGCCGCCGCGUCGGACGCCGAGGUGCUCACCUUCAUCGACCUGCGCGCGACGUGA